UAUGAUUGUUUACGUCAGCCAGGAGCAAAAGCAGUAGAAAGUAAAGCUACAUAGGCAUAUCGCUUGCGGAAAGCAACGGAAAAGAGCGGAAAUAACCGAUCAAUGUCACUUGUUGCUGUGCAAUGUUUUGUUUAUAAGAUGGCGGGUACAUGUUCAAAUUUUUAUGACCAUAUAUCUAGUUCAUCAUAUAUAUUAAUUAUUUAACUAUCAAUCGGAUUGCUUUUUUUCUAAUUAGAAAGUUUGUGACACAGCGAAUAAGGUUUCAAUGUAAAAUCAACGAUGUCCACACCUCAACCUCUAAAAAGAACACUACAUAACACCAAUAAAGAUGAUGAAUUCAUUUUGGACUGCAAAGCUGCCUACCUCUCAGUGUUUAAGUCAAUUAAAGAUUCCAUAAACAACUUGGAUGAUCUGAUUUUAGUUCUUCAACAAACUGGUCGAAACCCCUCAAAAAAAUCUCUCGAAAAAUACAGAAAACUGGUAAAAGCUUCCUUGAGCUUUGAAGAUUUCUGCAAGAUAUGCUCCGAUGAACCUCAAACAUCUACAAAUGAUGUUGUUCAAGCAUUCCAAUGUCUUGACACAGAUGGUGAUGGUUACAUCUCCGACACUAAACUGUUUAAUCUUAUGACAACAAAAGGAGAAAAAAUGUCUUCUGCUGAUGCCAAAAUGCUGAUGGAAGAACUCAAUGUUGACAGUAAUGGAAUGAUAGACUAUAAAAAGUUUAGCAAAACAAUGGAAGAAACUAGGAGAUACAUGGCUACCCUACAUUAUGUAGCUGACAAGAAAGCAAAGAUGGUAGUGAUGGGAUUCCAGAGCAAAAUAAAAACUCUCAAGGUACUAAACCAAACAGUCAACUUAAUUUACCAGCUGUCCACCCACUACUUUUUCUUCACUUGUUAUUCUGUAGCUUCUCACUCUGACUCAACAUCAUCUCCAGAGAAAAUUGUUGAAAUCAGAAACCAAAAUGAAAACAUUUCAUUUGACAACGAUGUUAUUGAGGAGUCAAUAAUCAUCAACGAUGAUGAUGAUAAUGAUGAUGAUGAUGAUGAUGAUAUUGUCAUACCCACCACUUCUUCAACUGAAGCCACUGAAAUCAAGAGAGAUUCCUCGAAUAAAUCUGCUGAUCAGUUGCAAUUAGAAAGAAAGACUAAAACAUUACCAGCUGCAGUAGAAGCCUCUAAUGUUUCUGAUCCAAAAACCAUCGAACUUUGGACUCAUCUGAAGAGCUGUGGCUGUUUCUUCUUGGAAAAUACAGAAAUUUCAAGUCACCACUUUAAGCUGAGUCUGCCUAAUUUCACCAAUGUAUGGUUCACAAUACACCCAGUGUUUGGACCAGAAAAUCUCUCAAGGGAAGACCCUCAAAUUGAUACAAUGCUCUGCAUUUUCAAAUAUAAACCAGAUGGAACCAAAGGCUUUCUUGCACUCAGUGAGAUGAAGACAAAAUCUGGAAGAUUUUGUGUUCGCUGUGAUUUAUCUGCUGGGCAUUAUAUUCUUAUCCCUUUCACAACUGGCUGCAGGUUCCGUCCUCGAAGUGCGCAACCUCAAGAAGAUAUUCCACUUGUCAAGAAAUCUCCUUCAGGGGAGAUUACUCUGACUACUCCUUUCAAGAAAUCUCUGGAAAAAAUAUUUGACUUAUGUGACCUUGACAAAAAUGGCAAACUCAGUCGCAAAGAACUUAGUUUUUUCCAUUAUUGUACAAGUGGAGAACAGUUAACUGCUCAAGAGUGGCAGAUUGUUGAAGAAAGGUUUGACUUGGAUGAUGGUGAACUGACACAGUUAGGAUUCCUUAAUUUACAUGAAAUGGAAGCUGAAGACAACAAUGGUGAUGCUGAAGAUUUAUGGAUCACACUUGACAGUAUGGGAUUGAACCGAGCUUUAGUUCUUGACCAAGCUUUUCAAUUUGAACUGAAUGUGUUUCUUGAGGAAUCUCCAGAGGCUAUUCUUGAUGCUUUAAAUGUUGAAAGCGGUGGAGUUGAUCUGGAAAAAGCUAUAUGUGAAUCUGUUAUCAACAAGGGAUUCUCAUGGAAUGUUGGAAAUGCACCUGAUAUUCUGAUUCAUGAAUACCACAGUGAAGUUAGAUAUACUGCAGUCAUCCAGAACCUUAGUAAAAACAAUGUAACUAUUUGUGUAGACAACACUGGAAGUAUGAAUUGUUGCAGCAACACAAACCAAUUCAAAAACACUGUAAAUGUACAGCCAUUAUCUUGUAAGGUCUGUCAAUUUUUGAUACCAUGCAAUGAAAAGGAAACAUGGACAGUCGAAUGUUCUGCAACAGUCGUCUGAAGAAUGCAUAUGGUACUUAUUUUAGUAUGAAACUGUGAUAUUCAAUAGUGGAGCUUCUGUUAAAAUUCCUAUUGCAGAAAAUAUUACAAAAACAUACAUUUUUUCCAAUGCUAGCAUGGGUUGAACAGAUUUGUUUUAACCCUGCAUUUUAGCUUUGUCAUCUGGUAUAAACAACAAUAAAGAAAACUGCAAUUCUU